AUGGCGCCCAAGCAUGGUGGUAGCACCGGAAUGGGGAAGAAUGCCCAGGUGCGUAACAAAAGUGCCAAUCCCCAGCAGAUCACUGCAGAACAGCUCUUGCGGGAGGCUGUUGAUCGGCAGCAGGCCGAAGCUGUAGCUCCCAAGCAGCGCAUCGCUGACGAAGACGAGCUCAUGAUGUACAAAGUCCGGAAGAGGAAGGAGUAUGAGGACGUGAUUCGUCGACAAAGGCAAAACAUCGGUUCAUGGGUGAAGUAUGCGCAGUGGGAGGCCUCUCAGCAGGAAUUUCGCCGUGCUCGCUCCAUCUUCGAGCGAGCCCUGCAUGUAGAGUACCAGAAUGUGAGCCUUUGGCUCAAAUAUCUCGAGAUGGAGAUGAAAAACAAGUUCGUGAACCAUGCGCGAAACUUGUUCGAUAGAGUGGUUCAGCUUCUCCCCAGGGUGGACCAGUUCUGGUACAAGUAUGCCUACAUGGAGGAGUUGUUGGCAAACUAUGCAGGGGCGCGGACCAUCUAUGAGCGAUGGAUGGAAUGGGAGCCCGAUGACAAUCCCUGGCUUCAAUACGUGAAGUUCGAAGAAAGGUGUGGAGAGCUGGACAAAGCCAGGAAGGUCUUGGAGCGAUAUGUCAGCUGCCGGCCCACGCAACAGGCAUUCUUGCGCCUUUGCAAGUUCGAAGAGAAGCACAACAACGCAGCCCGGGCACGAUCGGGUUUUGAGAAGUCGGUGGAGCUACUGGGCAAUGAGCUGGAUGAGAAGUUCUACAUUAAGUUUGCUCAGUUUGAGCAACGGCAGCGAGAAAUGGAGCGAGCACAGGCCAUCUUCAAGCUGGCUCUGGAUAUUCUGCCGAAAGGUGCCAGCGAUGAGCUCUAUCGCGCAUAUGUGUCUUUCGAGAAGCAACACGGUGACAGGGAUGCCAUUGAGGAGGUGGUCAUCAACAAGAGGCGCUUCAUCUACGAGGAAGCUAUCGCCAAAAAUCAAAGGAACUAUGAUGUUUGGUUUGAUUAUGUGCGCUUAGAAGAGAGCGUCGGCGACGUAGCCAGGAUACGUGAGACCUAUGAGCGUGCUGUUGCCAACAAGCCGCCUGUGAUGCAGAAGCGCUUUUGGAGGCGGUAUAUCUACCUGUGGAUAUACUAUGCGCUGUUCGAGGAGCUGCAGACGGGUGACAUCGAGAAGGCCAGAGCUGUCUACGAUGCCCUCCUUAAGGUCGUUCCUCACAAGCAGUUCUCCUUUGCCAAGAUUUGGAAGCUCUAUGCAGAGUUCGAGGUCAGGCAAUUGGAGCUCGACCGGGCAAGGAAAAUCUACGGGCGUGCCAUCGCUGAGUGCCAGAAGGAGCGGAUUUUCUUAGACUAUGCCGACUUAGAGAUGCGAUUGGGCAACAUCGAUAGAUGUCGUACAAUCUAUGGCAAGUUCUUGGAGGUGCAUCCACACAAUCCAAAGGCUUGGACUGUCUACGUUGACCUCGAGGACUCAGUGGGAGAGAUAGAGCGAGCUCGAGCUCUUUGCAAUCUUGCCAUUACUCAGGAGCGCUUGGACAUGCCAGAGCUCGUGUGGAAGCGCUUUAUCGACCUCGAGUCGGUGCCGCCCAUCGUCCGUGCACGCUUUGGCCUGGAACAGCGCUGCGCCUAUCGGCAUGCGGAUCUCUAUGAUGAAGAAGUGCCCGAGGUGGACCUAGAGACGGUGAUUGCUAAACCAGAGCUGGGCGCAGAAUGUGCCGUCAAGAACUUUGUUCUGCUGGGAGAUCAAAAUGCUGGCAAGUCGACGAUGUUACACAGCUUUUGUCGAAGUGGAGACGCUGGAUUCAUGCAGCUCUCUUCGCUUCUGCCAAUUCUUUCCAGCUCUUUCAUCAACACCCGGAUGGUUCCCCACAGCUUGCUGGACGAUCCGGACGAGCCAUUGAGUGCGAUUCGGGAUGAGCUUCCCUACAUGGACACGGACAUUGCUCGUGGUUUGGUGAUGCUGACCCUGGAGAACUUUGGUUUCUUUUGUCAAGAGUUUGGCCUUUGGAAUCCUGCUGAACCAACUCCAAGCUUUUUGGACUUCGACCCUGAGGUGCGCUUCGUGGCGUUGCACUUCACGGAGCUGGGCGGGGACCACCUGGAUCGGCUGCUGCGCUUUGUGGGAAGCGGUGAAGGGCUGGAAGCACUGAAGAAGACAGAGGACAUUGAGGAUGAAUCCUUCUGGAAAGACAUGCAUGAGGUGCUCUUGGGGUCACUGCGCCUGUUGAGGGACACCUCCUGCCGCUGUGCCUUCUUCAUCAACUGCACCAGCCUCUUCUGCGAAGGCACGUUGCAGAGGAAGGCACUACGGCCGACGCUGAGGAAACUAAAGUUCUUGGACGAAGUGCUGGGUGGAAAGGAGAUCCUUUUCUAUUGUGCUCGCACCGAUGGUGUGCCUGUUACUAUGUUUGAUCCCCAGCGAGCCUGGGAUGAAGCCCUCAAGGAGCUUGCAGCCUUCGCAGCAGAAGAAUGCGGCCGACCAGAGCUGCCGUUGAUGGACAUCAUGCCGGACAGCGCGCUGCAUUGGCAACCGGACACAGCAUUGGAUGAAUCUGCAUUGAAAGAAGUGGUGGGAGAGGUCCCUGAAGAAGGAGAGAGUGCACCACUUUUGGCGUGGCUUCGCGCCUUUCUUUUGUGCAUGUUGCGAAGCCUUGGAUUCCGUCUUCAACUGGUGGCACUGGCUCCAGUGAGGAAUUACCAGGCGAGCCGGGGCCGGCAGCUCUGUGCGGCGAGCGUUGUCCGGAAUGUUGCAACCUUGCUGCAGCAAGGCUGUGCGAUGGGCGAUUUGGCAUUGGCGCAGGUGGCCGAGCUCCUGCUUCGCUGCGCGGCCCAAGCGAGAAGACUUGAGGGCGACACUCUGCACUGCUGGGUCACGCGCCAGGACCUGGCCACACACUUGGAGGACUGCGAAGCAGAACAGCAGGCAGUUCCGUUGCCCGAAGUGUCGGCCCUGAGUUCGUGGCCCAAAGUCACAGAUGUCCUGCUGCGCGCAGGCAUUUGUACCGCGAUGGCUGGUGAGGGUCUUCCACAAGUGACGCUCGAACUUCAUAGCAGAGACGGCCCGGUGGUCCGCAUCCGAGCGAUGCCUCAUGAGACCGCCCUCCAGGCCUCUUCUGAGGUGCUAUUUGUGACACGGGGAAAGGCCAGUGAGGCUACUGAGAAGAUCCCUGAAGCGAUUGGAUUGCCUUUUGAUGCAGAGUUCUUCACCCUUCUGACUUCAGAGGCUACGAUACAUGCCGUGGCAACUCAUUUGUCCUUCGGACCAACGGAGCAACGUUUUGCUUUUCAAUCUCCAGAGGCCAAGGAACAGAUGUCUAGUAUUCGCCGACGCUUGCGCCAAGAGUUGCAGAUGCUGCUGCGCGAGACCAAAAAAACCAGUGAUGCAUGGCAGGCUGAGAUGCUUUCAGAGAUGCCAAACUCGGAGGAAGACGAGCUCCAGGAGCGCGCACAGAAGCGCCUGUGUUUGACUUGGGGUGACGGCCAAGCAGAAGAAAUUGCUGCCCAGAUGCGAAGCUUGUCCGAAGAAGACGGCCUCAAAGUGUUGAUUCAGGUUUGUGAUGUGGAUGAACCAGUGAGCCAAGAGCAGCUUGACAAUGCCCGAAAGGUCUGGCAGCAGCUUCUCAGCAAGUCACACCAUGUCCGGGUCUAUAUCGCCUACAGUGACUUUGAGGCAGUGACGUGCCAAUCGGUGGAGAAAGCCAGAGAAGCCUUGGAAGAAGGCCAGAAGCAUUUCAAGGUUGAAGACCGCAACGAAGAGCGAGCAAUGCUCCUGGAACACUUGCUGAAGUUGGAAAGGGAAUUGGGCGAUGAGAAGUCCAUCGAGGCCGCUGAAGGCCGACAGGCCAAGCGUGAAAAGAAGAGGCGACUCAUUCCAGGCGGAGAGGGCGAGGAUGGCCAAGAUGCAUACGAGGAUUACAUGGAGUAUGUCUUCCCAGAGGACGACAAAGGGCAGCAGAAUCUCAAAAUCUUGGAGAUGGCUCGUCUCUGGAAGAAGAGAAAGGUGGAAGGCUCGCAGUAG